CUGAAUGGAGGGCCUCAAAUGCCAGGGCAACAGCCUAAGCCUUUAAGACCUCUAAGUAAGGUCAUCAGUGAACGACAGCAUGAGUAAAGUAAGGUUUGGGAGGAAAGAGACUAAUCUGGGGAGGCGAGAGUGAAAGCUGUUAACAGUCCAGUCAAGAAAGGCAAUAUAGGGUCCAGAAUCAGGCAAGAAGUUAUAGGAAUAAAAAAAGAAGAAGGGACAAGAGUUGUACAGGUCAGAGGUUUCCAGUGGGGCUGUGCAGACCAGAGGAGCUGCAACUUAUGCCGGGUGGGGGUUUCAUGGGUUUCUUCUAAUGCUUUUGGCCCAUAGGAUACAAACUAUUCUGUGCCUCUUCAAAAUAAUAGCCCCUGGUGUCUACUGGCUGUAUCAUGAAAUAGAAAUUAUGAAGGCACUGUAUCUUUUAAAAAAAAUCCCCUUUUGUAGCACUUCCUUAAAAACAGCUAUUUAAUGCAACUCUGCCAGUGAGUUCUUGACAGUUCUGUCUUAACGAUUCUGAUAUUAAUGAGACAUCUUUGUAAAGGGUUGAAGUGUCUUCCUGAACUGUCAAUUUAUUAACGAAGCAUGGCUUGUGUUGAACAAGAUAAGCUGGGACAGGCAUUUGAAGACGCUUUUGAGGUAUUGAAGCAACAUUCAACUGGAGAUCUUCAGUACUCCCCAGAUUACAAAAAUUAUCUCGCCUUCAUCAACCACUGUUCUCAUGUCAGAGGAAAUUCCAACUGCUGUGGUGUGCUGCCUGUAGAGGAACCUGUCUAUAACUGGAGAACAGUAAUAAACAGUGCUGCAGACCUCUAUUUUGAAGGAAAUAUUCAUCAAUCUCUGCAGAACAUCCCUGAAAACCAGCUAGUACAACCUGCUGUUCUCCAGCAAAAGGGAGGAAAAGGCAGGAAGAAGCUCCGACUGUUUGAAUAUCUUCAUGAAUCCCUGAGUAAUCCCGAGAUGGCAUCUUGUAUUCAGUGGGUAGAUAAAAACAGAGGCAUCUUUCAGUUUAUAUCAAAAAACAAAGAAAAACUUGCCCAACUUUGGGGAAAAAGAAAAGGCAACCGAAAGACCAUGACUUACCAGAAAAUGGCCAGAGCACUGAGGAAUUAUGGAAGGACUGGGGAAAUCACCAAAAUCCGGAGAAAGCUAACUUACCAAUUCAGCGAGGCCAUUCUCCAAAGACUUUCUCCAUCUUAUUUCUUGGAAAAGGAGAUCUUCUACUCACAGUAUGUUCAACCUGAUCAAGGAUAUCUCAGUUUAAAUAACUGGAAUGCAAAUUAUAAUUAUACAUAUGCCAAUUACCAUGAGCUAGGUCGCCCUGAUUGCUAACUAUACUCUUACAUUUCAUGAUUUCCUGGCAUCAGAAAUCCCUACAAAUUUCAGGAUUUUUUUCUUAAAGCAAAUACUGAACAGAAAAAAAACCAUUUAACUUCAUUGUUGCUAUCUUUUAUUAAAUAGCAUAAUUUACACUAACUUGGUGAGAAAUUCUGCUAGUGAACAACUUUAAAAUAAUCAAAUCCUAUUUGAAAGUAUAGACUAGGUGUCCUUGCUUUUCCUGUUGUCUAUGCAAUACUUUUUUAGAUUAACAACGCCUGUAGAGAUGAUUUGAUUUAUAUAUUCAUUUAAAUAUUAUUUUCCUGUCAUGACACUCAGACAAAAAAAAAUCACUCUAACAUAUAUCCGAUGGCUUUAGCAACAUAACAAAAAAUGAUGGCAUAUGAUGGUGUUCAUGCUAAAAUAAUUCGUGGCUUUAAAAAUUUCAGAGGCUAUCUAUGCUGAGCCUAUAUUUUCUUGGCACUUCAGACCUCAUGAUCUGUAACCUUGUGGCGCUAAAGAGACCAUGGGCUA